AUGGCUCAGCUUUCUAUUCAGAAACUGCACCACACUUCUAGAUGGUAUUAUGCUUAUAUUCUUCUGUUUUUUCCCAUCUCCCAGGGCAAUGCCAGCUUAGACAUUCAGAAUGUUAACCAGCAGACGGCAUUACACCUUGCAGUGGAGCGCCAGCACACUCAGAUAGUUCGGCUGCUGGUGCGGGCAGAGGCUAAGCUUGACGUGCAGGACAAGGAUGGGGACACGCCGCUUCACGAGGCGCUGCGUCACCACACACUGUCCCAGUUGCGGCAACUCCAGGACAUGCAGGAUGUCAGCAAAGUGGAGCCCUGGGAACCCUCCAAGAACACAUUAAUCAUGGGCUUGGGCACCCAGGGAGCAGAGAAGAAGAGCGCAGCAUCCAUCGCCUGUUUCCUAGCAGCAAACGGUGCAGACCUGACCAUUCGCAACAAAAAGGGCCAGUCCCCUCUGGACCUCUGUCCGGACCCCAGUCUCUGUAAGGCCUUGGCCAAAUGUCACAAAGAGAAGAGUAGCGGUCAGGUGGACACCCGCAGCCCGUCUCUGAACAGCAACAUCGAGUCUCUGGAGGAGUGCAUGGUUUGCUCGGACAUGAAGAGAGACACUCUGUUUGGGCCCUGCGGACACAUCGCAACUUGCUCGCUCUGCUCGCCGCGUGUCAAGAAGUGUCUCAUCUGUAAGGAGCAGGUUCAGUCCAGAACAAAGAUUGAGGAGUGCGUCGUUUGCUCUGACAAAAAGGCCGCUGUGUUGUUCCAGCCCUGUGGUCACAUGUGCGCUUGUGAGAACUGUGCCAGCCUCAUGAAGAAGUGCGUACAGUGCCGGGCUGUGGUGGAACGCCGCACCCCCUUCGUUCUCUGCUGCGGAGGGAAAGGUAUGGAGGAUGAUGCCGCUGAUCAUGAUGAUGAUGAUGAUGAUGAUGAUGAUGACCUUAGGAGCUCUAACACUAUGGCAGGGGGAUCCCAGGAUCUUCUCCAGCCCAACAAUCUGGCAUUAAGUUGGUCGAGUGGAAACAUCCCAGCCCUGCAGAGGGAUAAAGAUAACACAAACGUAAACGCUGAUGUGCAGAAGCUACAGCAACAGCUUCAAGACAUCAAGGAACAGACGAUGUGUCCGGUGUGUCUGGACCGACUGAAGAACAUGAUCUUCAUGUGCGGCCACGGCACCUGCCAACUGUGCGGAGACCGAAUGAGCGAGUGCCCAAUCUGCCGCAAAGCCAUCGAGCGCCGGAUCCUCCUCUACUAGGUCUCCUCUUCCUCCUAUUUAACGAUGACAACUCCCACAAACGGCACAGCCACUCCAGCUGCUGCCGAGUCAGCCAGCCACGUCUUAACUCUUCUCUGCAAAUGCUGUUUGUUGAUUUGACUGUGUGUUCAGAUGGAAGUUCUGUUACAAAGAUAAAAACGUAUGAACUGAUCA